AGGUCAUGUAAAACCUUAUGAAUCCAGUGGGGGGCAGUAAUGCAGCUCCUCGGAUGUGAGCUUCAGGAGAAGAAGAAGAAGAAGAAGACGCACUAGUGGCGGUUUCUUUGACGCUGCAGCUCAUCAACAGGAUUCAGUGGCCAUGUAUGACCCACAGGAAGACGGCAUGAGCGACGAUCCCGACCUUGACAAUAUGGAGGACGAAGCUUUCCCUCCUCUCCCUCCUCCGCACUCUCCUGGAGAGGGAGGUGCUCAGACACACGGAGACCCUUUUGGAGAUGCUGAGGAAGGUGAGGUGUCCAAACUGGCUGACGUUCCUGCUGCUAAAAGGAAAGUAGUGAAGAGGCCACAGCCGAAGCUGGACUCCCAGAGGCUGAUUUCAGAAAGAGGACUGCCGGCUCUCCGCACUCUGUUCGAUAACGUUCGUUUCAAAGGCAAAGGACACGAGGCUGAGGACCUGCGGCUGCUCAUGCAGAAGAUGGAGAACUGGGCCCACAGGCUGUAUCCAAAACUGCAGUUUGAAGACUUUGUGGAAAGGGUGGAAAAGCUCGGCAGUAAGAAGGAGGUUCAGACCUGCCUGAAACGGAUCCGACUGGACAUGCCCAUGACCUAUGAAGACUUCAUGGAUAAAGAAGGAGUGGAGGAACCACCGCCUGACUCGCAGGGGUUUGAGGAUCCAGAUCCGUUCAACAACACCUCCUUUAACGAUCCUCAAGGACCGAUCCACUCCACUCCGGCCCCCGUCGCUCCGGCUCCUCCCUCCCUGACCGAGGAGCAGCGCAUGCGGAUGGAGCUGAACAGGCAGCGGGCGCUGGAGAGGAGGCUCGCCCGACAGCAGCUGACAGAUCCUUCAGACUCCCAGGAGGUCACAGCGCCCUCAUCAGGAGAUGAUCCCAGCUCCGUUUCCACUGCAAAUGUCCUCAAUGGUUCUGCUGAGCAGGAGGAGAAGCUGGAAGAACCGGACCUGUCCAGCAGCACACAGCUGUCCAUCCAUCCUUCACCUACAGAACCGGAGCCAACUGCUGAACCCCAAACUCACCUUCCAGUAGAGCUUCCUGCUGAUCAUUCUGUCCUCAGUGGUUCUGCUGACCAGGAGGAGAACCCAGGAGAACAUUUGGACCCAGAUCUAUCCAGCAGCACACAGUCACUAACACCCUCAGAGCCUCCUAUUGAAAUCCAGGCUCAUCUUCCAUCUGAGGUUCCUGCAGAACUCCCUGUCCACCCUUCUGCUGAGUCCACUGAAGAGGAGAGCAGUGGAACCAAUGAGCUCCCUGUCCUCAGCAGUUCUGCUGAACAGGAGGAGAAGCUGGGGGACCUGGAUCUGAAUCGGUCCACCAGCACCUCCCCAUCUAUUCGUCCUUCACCCACUGAACCCGGCCCUCCUGCAGAACUCCCUGACGAACCUCCUGCUGAGGAUAAGAAGGAAAAUAAUUCUGGACCUCCCCUUGGAAACAUUUUAGAGGAGGGAAAUGGACCCUGAGGGACCGGUUUCCAGGGCUUCAUGUCUGCUGCUCGGGUGGAACAAUUUGUACCUUUUGUGGAGUUUCCAUAAAUGAGGUUCAGUGUUGUGGAGCGACAGCAUGGCUGUUAUCAGCUGGUGGAAAACUGGAUCUCUGCACAUCAGAACCCU